UCGAGGAUCGAAGUGAAAAGAGUGAUUCGAAGAUGGAAGAAGACUACGGGUGGGGAAGCGGUUCGAUAUUGAUGAUCGUGGUGGUUGCCGCGGUGCUCUUGCUGGCCCCGUUGGUGAUGGGUUCGGUUCAACCGCCGGGUUUAUCCCUCCUGUUUUUCCCCGUGGUCCUCGUCGCGGUUUUCCUCUUCCUCUGUUUAUCCUCCAAAUAAGUGUGUAGGCUUUAGACUUAUAUGUUUCGUUUCCUUUUCCCUCUCUCUCUCGCGCUCUCAUUUUGUUUGUGAGCGUACCCUGCCAUCUUUGUGAUGUAUAGGACAUACAUUUCUGUAUUGUUCAGUCAAGUUUAUUAAUUGUGGUUGCUCUUGCUGUUGGUGCAUUGAUGAAUGGUGAGUUACUCGUUCUAAA